AGCGUUUACCGUGUGUUCACCGCAGUGCGGUGGCGAGCUGUAAGCUGGCGACAUGUUCCGCACGCUGUGCGCGUGCGCGCUGCUCGCGGGUGCGCUCGCGCAGGCUGCACGCGGGGAUGGAGAAGAUAGUUCGAACCCGGUGGCAGUGACUCCGGCAGGUACCAUCCGCGGCUCGUGGAUGAGCACGCGGCGCGGGCGCCGCUUCCAGGCGUACCGCGGCGUGCGCUACGCUCACCCGCCCACCGGGGAACUACGCUUCCAGCCGCCCAAGCCUAUCCUGCAGUACGAUGGGGCGGUAGACGCGAGCGAGGAGGGCCCCGCUUGCCCGCAGCCGGUGUACAGAGCCGGGUUCGUAGUCGACGAGGACUGCUUGCGACUCAAUGUCUACACGCCAAGCAAUAACGGGUCGUUGCCAGUGGUGGUGUUCCUCCACCCGGGAGGGUUCUACUCCGGGUCGGGCCGCAGCGACGUCGUGGGGCCACACUACCUGCUCGAGAGGGACCUCGUGCUCGUCACAGUCGAGUACCGCCUCGGCACACUCGGAUUUUUAGCGACAGGCGACGAGUUGUCUCCGGGCAACAAUGGGUUCAAGGACCAGGUGGCGGCGCUGCGCUGGGUGCGGCGCAACAUCGCGGCGCUGGGCGGCGACCCCGGCCGCGUCACCCUCGCCGGCUACAGCGCCGGCUCGCGCAGCGUCGCCCUGAUGCUGCUAUCACCGAUGGCCAGAGGUUUGUUCCACCGCGCCAUAUCGAUGAGCGCAUCACCCAUCUCGCAGGUUGUGGUGGUGGGCAGCGGGCAGCGCCACCUGGCGGAGAGACAGGCGCGGCUGCUGGGCUGCCCCACCAACACCACCCGCGAUAUAGUCUCCUGCCUCAAGACCAAACCUUGGAAAGAGUUCGGUGAUUCUUUGAACUCCAUGUAUGAGUUCGGAUACGAUCCAGUAUUACUGUGGAACGUGGUGGUGGAGCCAGACUACGGGCAGGAGCGGUUCCUGACGGAGCCGCCGCUGGCCGCGCUGCGGGCCGGCCGGCUGCAGGCCGUGCCCUACCUCGUCGGGCGCAACACCGGCGAAUUCUUCUGGAAGGCAUUCAAUGUGUUGAACAAUCAGACACUGUAUUCGGCGAUGAGUACGGAGUGGGAGCGGGUGGCGCCGGUGUCGUUCAUGUUGCCAGAGGGGGGGCAGGAAGAGCACGGGGCGGGGGGGCCCGUGUCGGCGGCGGUCGCGGCGCGGCGCCUGCGCGACGCAUACUUCAGCGCGCCCUUCACCAACGACUCCAGCACGGCGGACGCGCUCGGCAAGUUAUACGCUGACAGCAUCAUCGGCUUUGCUGUCCACAGGAUGGCGAACCUGAUGUGUCGUCACUCGCCACAAUCGGUGUUCUACUACCAGUUCUCGUACAUGGGUAACCACAGCUUCUACAAGGAUCCUGCUACCGGAAACCCCGUUGGUGUGGCUCACCAUGACGAGCUGAUCUACCUGUUCACGCUGCCGUCGCGGUUCCCGCGCAUCGAGCUGGGCUCGCCGGAUGACGCCAUAAUACAGCGCAUGACCGCCUUCUGGUACAACUUCGCCAUACAUGGGGACCCCGCUGCAGGGCCCAGCGGCAGCACGCCCGACGGCGCAUGCGCGGUGUGGCCGGCCAUGACGCCGCGCCGGCCGCGCUACCUGCGCGUGGCGCGCGACUGCUCGCUGCACCAACACAUGUUCCGGGAGCGGUACCAAGUGUGGGAUGACCUUUAUCCCAUACAGUACGACUAGCCGUAUCACAUACACUUGUAUAAGAGUAUUUAGUUGUAUUGUAUGUAACCCGCCAAGUGCGCCGGAGACGGUGCGCGGCCGCAUGGCAGCGGCGUAGAGGACCUCAUGGACACAAAAUAAGAGUGGUGCAACAUGAUCGGGAGCUCUCAUUAAAAUUGUAUCGUCCAUAAUAUCGAAAGUUUAUAUUUUGUGAUUUCAAAUGUAUCUAUGUGUAAACUUAUAGUCUUGACAUUAUAAAUAAUUAAAAUAACAAAAAUGUUUUUUAAUGUUACUUAACAAUAAUAAUAAAAAAGUUUACUU